AUGUGGUCAACAAUCUUCGGCUCUUCAUUGCUUUUCGCGCAUCUCAUACAAGCCCGCGAACCAGAGCCUGUUCUGUUGCCCACCGGCGACUGGACUGGCACCGAUGGCAACUGGUCGACGAUAUCCUUCUAUCUUGGUUCAAACUCACAGCAUGUCGAUGUCUUGGUGAGCACGGCACUUUCGGAAUUUUGGGCUGUUGGUCCUGGAGGAUGUUUACUCAAGGAACCCCACUGCACUGCUGCCCGGGGAGGUAUCUACGAUGCUGAAGACUCCAGUGAUUGGACUUCAUUGGGCACUUGGCAGCUCGGUCUAAGCUAUCUUGGUUACGGUGGUAAUGGCGACUAUGGCCGUGAUCUCAUCAACACACAAAGUCCUCUUAGGAGCGAACCAUUUACCAUGAAUGAAGUGCUAAUAGCGAGCAUCAACACGACCAGCUACUUGCAUGGCCUUUUCGGCUUGGGUAUUACACAGGGGAAUUUCAACGGCACUGUUGCAGAAUCACCUCUAACUCAAGCAGUCAGCCAAUAUGGAUUGAUUCCAAGUUACAGCUUCGGGUAUACGGCCGGAGCUCACUACAGAAACUUGCCUGCUUCAUUAACGUUGGGAGGUGUCGUGAAUGCCAGAUUUCAACCGCAUGACAACGUUUUCACACUCCCCCAGGAUGACAAUAUGGAGCGCCCUUUAGUCCGUGGCAUUGAAAUAACUCCAGCCGAGGAUCAAAAUGCUCCCGAUUCCUGGGAAUCUGAACAACUUCUUCUUUCACAGUGGAACUCGUCUUUCUACGCCAUAAUUGAUAGUACUACCUCUUACCUGUGGCUACCCGACGAGGUUUGCGACCAGUUUGCCCAAGCCCUCAACUUGACAUAUAACAGCACCUUUGACCUCUAUACCAUCAGCAACGACCAAUAUCGCGAGUACUCGAAAGACGAAUCAUUCGAUCUUACCUUUGUCCUUUCUAGCUUUGACGAUAACGACAACUUUGGCGAUCCCUACGAUGUAUCAGGCAUUGUGAAUAUUACUCUACCCCUACGAGCAUUUGUCGGUUUGCUACAGUAUCCCUUCAUGCCAGACGAGAUCGAGUACGGCGAUCCGGCCAUCCCUUACUUUAUGCUGCGAAAGGCGCAAAACAGCUCGACGUACAUACUGGGACGUUCGUUCUUGCAAGAGUCGUAUUUGAUCACGAAAUAUGAUGAAGGCACUUUCUCAAUUCACCAAGCUCUCUUUCCAGAUGGACCAGUGGCAGAUACUGAACUAUCCGCCAUAGAGCAGUCCGCUAACAGCCCGUAUCCCCCACCGAAAGCACAAGAUUCUGGAAAGGGACUUUCAGGUGCACAGGCUGUCGGAAUUGGAGUAGGGGUGGGAUUAGGAACCUUUGUUGUAUGUGCAAUAGCUCUCUCUACAUGGCUGUAUUGUCGGCGUAAACGGAAGGGUACAGCCGGAAACAACAACGGAUUAGCAGAGGACCAAAGCCGAUCUCCGGAAGACGCAUCCCGAUCAGCAAAAUCUCCUUUGCUGUUAUUCUUUUCAAAAAUAUUCGGACGAAGGCGACCAACUCAGCAAAGCCAAGGGACUGAUGAUGACAAGAAAAAGGUUGUCGAAGCUCCUGAUACCCAGAUCCAUGAGAUGUCAGCUCCGUUGCCACCAGCAGAACUUGAAGGAGACGAUUGCAUGUCGUGGAACGAUGAUACCGAGUUAGGGACCGACAACUCCCACAAUCUGAGCGCAUACGAAAUAGCGAGACGGAAACUGGACAGACAACUUCAGGGUCCCGUUCCUUCAUACAGCCCACCCGCGAACGAAGCAGAGAUACUUCCAGAGAAAGCGAUAUACCAACCAAACCCGGCGAACGGCCCACCGAUAGCACUGCAGUUAUCGCCGUCUGCGUCCUUAAAAGCGUCUCCAGAGGGGGGAUCUAACGCUAACUCAAUGGCAUUGCCGUCUCCUUUAACCCCACGUUUCGAUCCAAGUGGCCGCCCUAUCAAUGCGUUGCCACCGUCAGUGGCCACUAUGCCUGUAUCGCCAAAUACCGACGUCGUCUCAUCACCAAACUCGCCGCUCUCUCCGCAUUCCGACCAUCACACCAUCAACUCCAUGACCAUGGGCUCGGAUAGGGACGGUCAACUAUCAUCGAACCCCUCUAUGAACAUACCACAUCAGCGAUUAGUACAGAGAACACCAAUUGACUCAUCGAGGGUGGUGCUACUGGGAGCACUGCCUCCAGAUGCUCGUUUUUCUCGCAAUGCUGUACCGCUAAGCACAUCAGACGACGAUUACCAAGCUACCAACAGCUUCUCGCAUAGUAACCAUACUUCCGAUUCUUUGGGGAGCAACUUCACUGUGGAAGAGGAAGGGCGGAGCGAAGAAGAACCGACAAGACGUCUGGAUUUAGGCACAAACGGUUCAUCUAUUGGGGUUGCGAUAGUGAAUCCACAGCAAGGUCAUUCGGUAGACCAGUCUGAUACUACACGCGGUUCAGAACGUAUUAACCCGGGCGAGGAUUUAGUCCAUGUACCACAGCUGGCUGAGAGACGAUACAGCUGGGAGUAA